AUGGGAAGCGCCUGCGGAGUGCCGGCGCGGGCCGGCGGGAAGGUGGUCGACGAGACGCUGCCAGGCGACCUUCUCUCCGAGGCCAAGGGCCCGCUCAAGCAGCAUCUGUGCCCCGACCCGCUCUCCAGCGCGGUUCUGAAGCUCGACACGCCGGGCGACAGCGCCGAAGAUGGGGGGGGAGUCUUCACGAGCAAGUCGUGGAAGACGGAGGCCAGCAGGGAGCCACAGGCCGGCCCGAACGGCGUCCGCUUCGCAGGCUCCGACGCGGAGAACGACGCGGAGGGCGACGCGGCAGACAAGGGCCCCGAGCGCCUCGCGAACUGGGCCACGCGACCGACCCGAAAGCAGCAGGCGCCCGGCGCGGCGCCUUUGCCCAGCAGCGUGGCGCCCCAGCAGCGGCCUCCCGCGGGCGCCGCGGGCAAGCCGCCCCUGGCCGGGAACCGGCAUGACGCCGCGGCCCAAAAGAAAGCGCCGCGCUCCAAUAAAGCGUCCAUUCGCACCGACGCGGCCUCGCCCGUCGUCAGCCUGGGGGGCCGCACCGCAGCCCGGGACAGCUCCGACAGCUCCCGCGCGCCGAUGCCCGUCCUGAAGACGCAGAAGGAGCGCACGGACUCCGACCACGACGGCGGCAUCCUGCACGACGCCUGCGCGCCGGACUCCCCCAUCGGCCGCGCGAAGUCGGUGCGUUUCGCGGUGCCGAACGAGCAGACGCGGCACUCAAUGGACGAGGAGGCCUACGGGCCGGCGCCGGCGCGGAUGGAGGAGAUCACGAAGCUCAAGUCGAGCAAGAGCCGGCCGCACAGCGCGCUGGAGUCGCGGUCGUCGCGCGCGGAGGCCGACGCGCGCCUGGCGGACAUUGCCAACGACUUUGACGACGACGACGGCGACGAGCGCGACCGGACGAUGGGCACGCUCACGGGGUGGCAGCUGAUCGCGGCGGAGGUGAUGAACGAGAUGGCCGAGGUCGCGGACGACGGCGACGAGCCCCCCGAGCGCCCCGACCCGCUGCGGGGGGGUCUCGGGAGAGGCCCCUCGGGGCGGGACCAGUUCCGCCCCGAACCGCUCAAGGCGCGCGACGCCUUCGCGAACCGCGACCUCUUCAAGUCGCUCCGCGUCAUCCAGAGGGGGAGCUUCAGCGACAUGUACGAGCUGGGGGAGUGUAUUGGCAGCGGCGCCUACGGCAAGGCGCACCGGGCGGUGCGGAAGGUCGACGGCACGGUCCUCGUGGUCAAGGUCAUCGAGUUCCAGGGCAUGAACGAGCGCAUGAAGCGCGAGGUCCGGAACGAGGUCAAGGUCCUCGGGUCGUUGGACCACCCCAACGUCGUGCACUACUUCGAGUGCUUCGUCGAGGAGCCCAACCUGUUCAUCGUGAUGGAGUUCUGCGAGGACGGCGACCUCACGAACAAGGUCAAGCAGCGCAACCCGGGCGCGGUCGGCGCGUUCAACGGCGCGAAGGGCCCCCCGCCGCGGUACAUGGACGAGGACAGUGUCAUGCUCAUCUUCGUGCAGAUCUGCCUCGCGCUGCACCACACGCACUCGCGCGGCGUGCUGCACCGCGACCUGAAGCCCUCGAACGUGCUCGUCGCCGCGGGGGGCAUCGUCAAGCUGGGGGACUUCGGCAUUGCGCGCGUGACGGACUCGGACGCGCAGAUGGCCAAGACGGUGGUCGGGACGCCGUACUACCUGAGCCCGGAGAUCUGCGAGGACCGGCCGUACGGCACCGCGAGCGACAUGUGGUCGCUCGGCUGCGUGCUGUACGAGCUGUGCGCGCUGCACCGGCCGUUUGACGGCAAGAGCCUCCCGUCGCUGGUGGUGAAGAUCCUGGAGGCGUCGUACCCGCCGCUGCCGCCGCAGUACUCGCAGGACCUCGUCGACCUCGUCGGGGCGCUCCUGCGCCGCAAGCCCGAGGACCGCGCCACGCUCGACGAGAUCCUGAACCUGGAGUACGUGCGGGAGCACCUCGUGCGGUACGCCGAGGCGAUCCGGAAGCUGUCCCCGGAGCGGAUGAGCUCGUUCAAGCGCGCGCUGGGCGAGUGGAACGUCGAGACGCCGUUCGAGUCGCGCGCGGCGUCGCGCGCGCCGUCGAUGGGGCAGCGCUCGGGGGGCCUCAGCGGGUACAACAGCCAGGCGCUCACGGUCGAGACGGAGACCGAGGCGGACCCGGACUCCGGCGAGCUCGAGUCGCCGCUCGCGGCCGCGCGCCCGCCGGCGCAGCGCCGCUCCCGCGGCCCGUCGAUGUUCCAGGUGCCGGACGCGGAGCCGCGGGAGAUCCCCGACGCGGCGCGGCCGCAGGUGCGGAGGAAGCUGGAGCAGGUCCGCGAGCUGCUGCCGGCGCUCGAGGACCUCAAGGUGGCGAAGCUGAAGCGGCGGAACUCGAACGACGAGAUGUACGAGGUUCGCAAGGUGGUGGCGAAGCACAUCCACAGGAAGCACACGCGGCGGGCGUCGCUCGUGGCGCCGGGGGCGCCGCCGCCGCACCUCGCGAACCUGCGGCCGCAGAUCGCGUCGGACCACGCGGCCCCGCGCGACGGCCUUGUGGGCCACUCGGCGGUGUCGGCGGGGGAGCCUGGGGCGGCGCCGGCGGGGGAGAAGUCGGAGCCCGGGCCGCCCGCGCGGGGCAUGCAGCAGGCGCGGAGCGAGGGCCGCGGGCAGCUGAAGCGGUGCCAGACGGUGAACUCGAAGGCGGCCAACAACGUGCUGAAGCAGGUGUCCGCGCUGAUGGCGCAGCCGUCGCGGCGGUACCUGCGGCCGUCGGGGCACGCGGACGCGUACGUGCCGCAGCCGGUGACGCCGGGUGCGGCGUCGAUGGCGACGUCGGGCGGCGCGGGGGGCUCGGACCGCAGCGACCUGCAGUCGCUGGCCAAGUCGAAGAGCUCCGGGCGGAGCCUGGGCGCCAAGUCCGGGAUGACGGGGAUCUCGGACCGGAGCGGGCGCGGGCUGCUGCCGGCGAUCGUCGACGAGGACGACGAGGGCGAGGAGGGGGGGGGGUCUCCGGACCAGCGCUCCGGGCUCGACCGCGCGCACAGCCGGUACACGGUGGGCGGCGAGGAGACGGGCGGGGAGUCCGAGGACGGCGCCGGGCGCAGGCCGCGGUUCGUGCGGAUGAAGUCGAUGGAGGGCGCGCGCAAGUCGAUGAACGCCGACGUCGAGGAGGGGCACCAGAGCACGCCGUUCCGCGCCCUGCGCGUCAAGCUGCACUCGCUCGGCGUCACGGGCGCGAACCUGAAGCACACGAUGGGCGGCGAGAGCGAGGUCGACUCGGAGGACCUCCCCCCGCUGCCGCGGGGCGUCGUCGAGCGCACGUCCUCCGCAGGCGCCCCGGAGGACCCCACGACGCCGCGGCGGCGGAGCCCCGCGGAGCUGCGCGCGCGGAUCGAGGAGGUGCGCGAGCAGGCGGAGGAGAUGCUGAACCCGCUGAUCCUGGAGGCGGCGGUGGCGUACCUGAAGAACAGCAAGGUGUCGUCGGACUCGGGGCGCGCGUUCGACGCCGACACGUUCCGGCGGAUCGUGGGGCUCGACGAGGAGAAGGUGCACGCGUGCGGGAAGCUCGUGUACAAGAUAUGCGUCUACGAGGAGGAGCUGGCCUUCAUGGAGGCGCAGUACCCCGACGAGUAG